AUUUACUAUAUCUGGUCUCCCACAGUACACAGAACAUGGAAAUGUAAUUAUUUUAGUAAAUAUAAACUGCUAAAUACCUUUUUCCUUCUAUCAAUGUUCAGCAGGGCACUGGUUAAAGCUUGUAGGAGGGGUUUUCUUUCUGCUCCAGGAGGAUGCAAAACCCCUGACCUCUGUCUGGACAGUGCUGUUUGGCCCUGUGCUUAUCACAUGCGCUCUCCCAAGAAUAAAAAACCUCUCUUGCAAUACACACUAAAAUGAGCAUGUGCAGAAUGGCUGCGGAUUCAGCCUGUCUUAUCAGGAGAUAAGACGUGGACAUUUGAACAAGAGGAGGAGUAGAGAGGACGGAAUCAAAUGGCCUUUUUACACAAUGAAGAAGAUUAACCCCUUAGGUUCCACAGUGAGUAUAACAAGCAUGCUUUACUACAUAUACAGACUGAUUUAAUGUUGUGGGUUUAG